AUGAGAGCUGUCCAAAGCGUUCUCUCUCUUCUUUUACCAGCCUUAUUGCUUAGCUGGAUUGACCUCUCCGUCCAAUAUCCGAUAAGGACCUCGAAGUUGGACAUUGCCAUCCACACUCAGGAAGGACUUCUUGAAGAAGAAAGCUCAGCUCAGACCCUGAUUGGGAAUGAAUUCAGCGGGAGCUUAGAGCUUGAGGGCGAUGGUGGUUCUUCUUUUGGCUCUGUGGAACAAGGGAUCGAACCCAAUUCCACGGUCGACUCCACCGAGAAGCCGUCUAGUAAAGGAGUGGAAGAUCGUUUGUCUGGCAGCACUUUGGAUCAUGGCGUCAAACAGCACGCUGAUAUCGGUGAUUCGGAGCAGAACAUUACCGCUUUUAACAGCCAGAGGCCUAUUUGGGCAAUUGCCCAUCGGGUUUUGACGGUUAAGAGUGUUCACGAUGCCAUUUUAAAUGGAGCUAAUGCACUUGAGAUUGAUAUGACUGCCUGGAGGAAAGGCUGGUAUGCAGACCAUGACGGUACCUUGACCAGCUACGGGGAUACUGCUUGGAAGAUGUUUCAAGCCAUUGCGGAACACCGGAGAAGGGGCGCGACCAUCAACUUUGUGUGGCUGGAUAUCAAGAAUCCAGAUUGGUGCCCUAACAACAACAAAUGGCAUUAUUGCUCCACAGACAACCUGCGGAAAAUGGCACGGGACGUUAUUGAGCCUCUGGGUGUCCGGGUUCUCUUUGGGUUUUACAAACCAGGCCCGGCAUACAAUGCCCUGCGUGUCUCCAACCACCAUUGGGAGGCACUAAAUCUGAAUGGUAAAUCUAAGAAGGUCGAAGACUGGUUCAACCGACAUGGACCCAUGGCCAAGAAUAAACGUGUCAUGUCGUAUGGGUACUUCAAUUUGCCCUUCCAGUUCGGAAAUUGCUGGGAGAGAGAUUACUACACCUGUACAGAGCUACGCCAAGCUGUUAAAAGCCAGGGCUUUGGCAGGGUUUUUGGUUGGACAUUAGCGACUGGCCAAGACAAGUAUGCCGACAAGCUAUUGUCAGAGGGCGUUGACGGCUUGAUUUACGGGUUCAAGGCCACUUACUACUAUGACCAUGUGGACACUCGAAGAGCCGCUAAUUCCAUCAAACGUUGGGUCAAUAAUCAUGCCGGUAGCCACCGCAUGGCUAAUCAGAACGACGACCCUUGGUAA